UAGGAGUCAGCUGACAGUAGUGACCAACCAGCGGGUGUAACAUCUCCACUGAGCUGUACCUUUUCGGAGGAAAAAGAAGGAACCUGUCGUCUGUUUUCACUCUAUCAGCCGCGGAGAACCGGACAGCCGUCACCCUCCCACAACUGGCCACGUCUCCUCGCCUCCCGCAGGAUGAGUGUCGGUGCUCCGAGAGGCCUGGCCAGCUCGGGGCAGAAGCCCAUCGCGGAGAUCCUACACCCGCUGUCCGCCGCCCAGGAGCCGCUGUCCCCGGGGCUAGAUGUCACUGUCACCGUCGGGGUGGACAAGGAAGCCGGGCUGACCAACGGCACGCCGGUCGAGACGUCGAGUCCCGCCUCCGCGUCCUCGCUGUUCAACAGGCUGCAGCUGGAUGACGACCUGGAAGCAGACACCCGUGACCCCUACGCCUCCACCGAGACCCGCGACCUUUUCGUCACAGUCGACGACCCGAAGAAGCACGUCUCCACCAUGGAGACCUACAUCACCUACAGAGUCUCCACCAAGACGUCGCGGAUAGAGUUUGACCUGCCGGAGUACUGCAUGCGGCGGCGCUACCAGGACUUUGACUGGCUGAGGAUCAAGUUGGAGGACAGUCAGCCGACCCACCUCAUCCCCCCGUUGCCAGAGAAGUUCGUGAUGAAGGGCGUAGUGGAUCGCUUUUCGGAGGAGUUUGUGGAAACACGCAUGAAAGCUCUGGACAAGUUCCUGAAGCGAGUCGCUGACCACCCCGUCCUCUCCUUCAAUCCUCAUCUAAACGCUUUCUUGUCUGCCAAGGACCUGAACAAGCGUCAAGGUCUGGCCCUGCUGACCAAGGUUGGCGAGUCGGUGAAGCACGUGGCUGGAGGCUACAAGCUGCGGGCGCGGCCAGCCGAGUUCUGUGCCAUGGGGGAGUACCUGGACACCUUCACCCAGAAACUGGGAACCAUCGACCGCAUUGCUCAGAGGAUCCUCAAAGAGCAGUCAGAGUACCUAACAGAGGUUCGUGAGUACGGCACAGUGUACUCCAGCUGGGCGGGGUCGGAGGAGGAGCUGCAGCGCCCCCUGGAGGGCGUGGCAGACAGCGUGUCGACAUGCUGCAGAGGACUGGUUGACCAGAGCGAGAACAUGAGUCAGGACUUCCUGCCUGUACUCAGAGAAUACAUCCUUUACAUAGAGUCCAUGAAGAACGUCUUGAGGAAGCGAGACCAGAGCCAGGCGGAGUACGAGGGACGACUAGAAGCUGCCAUAUUGCGUAAACAGGAGGACAGAACGCCUAUCCCAGUGGAAGUAGAAAAAUGCCAGGACAAAGUGGAGUGUUUUAACGCUGACCUGAAAGCAGACUGGGAGCGCUGGCAGAGCAACAAGAGACAAGACUUCAAGCAGCUUCUCACCGGCAUGGCCGACAAAAACAUCAACUACUAUGAAAAGUGCCAGGCAGCGUGGGAGUCGCUCAUAACUCUCCUCCAGGACAAACAGACUGAGGACAAAACGAGCGAGACGAACUGAAACAUCUCCUCAUGUCUCAGACCCCAUCCUCUCUGUAUCACACACUCUCUCUCUCAUGCCAAGGAAAAGGACCAACAGGGGCGGCAGAUUUUAACUGCUGGAUUUAGCCCCAGUUCUCCUGUGACAUGAUUGUACUGAGGGGAGUCGUCUCUCUGCAAAGGAGGUAACGAACGGUGCAUUCAAGGACAGCAGGGAAAAAGGAGAGACCUACUAUGUACAGACAUUUUCCUUUUGUUUUACGCCGUUGUUAUUGACUUUUUCUACUUCAUAUUUCCAGUUAACAGUUGUUUGCCAAUGCUACUUAUUUAACAACAGUCUCAGAGAGGCGUGUUCUCAGUCUUUUCUUUCCAUUUUCACAUCAAGCUGAAUGUGAAGCUUAAUUCUUCAGCGCUGCAGAAGUUUUGUUGUUGUUUUUUCUAAAGGAUAUUUUUAGUAGGUGUGAAGUAUGAAGUAUUUGGACCCCUGUCAGGCUGUAAAAGCCGCUGAAAAUGUAACACUAACACUCUCCAAAGAAACAAGACUCCUUAAAAAAGAUUUUUCAGUAUCUUAUAUCUUAUCAUUUAGAGGGCCAGACAGGUUAUUCUUUCAUGUUUCAGCCCAGAAACUCUGUACUUGUAAGAAUAACUGCUGACCCUCAAAUGUUACAGUUUUCCUCGCUUCCAUUUAUCUCAGUGCACUAUGAAAACCAACUUGCAGUAACUUGAAAUUGUGGCAUCAAAGCUUCACAACAUGGCCUUGUGUUCGACCAGAAGAGUCGAGGGGGAAAAAAGUAGGAAGUGUAGCGACAGAUGUCAACGUAAGACAUCUGUAAAAGUCUCUCUCAGCUCUUCAAAGGGAAACUUUAGGAUUUAUUUGACAUAUUUUUGAUUCACACCUUUUACAGAUAAAUAAACGGUAAGAAAAUCUGUUAAACAAUGACGACACAGGGGUGUGUGUGUGUGUCUGAGUUGAACGCUGAGCUUUAUGAGGAACGUGAUGUUAUUUUUUUUUGUUUUUACCCCAUGAAGCUGAGCUCAGAUAUAAACUGUAGAUUUGGUUAGAUUUGUGUUGUGGAAGAAUAAAGUGCAGCAGUGCCACCUGGUGGUCAAUCUGCUGAUUAAUUUUUUAAAUGGUAGCUUUUAACGGUGUGCUACCUCUUUGUUGAUGUAUAUAUUUCUUUACCGUGGCCAUUUACAGCUGCAGGAAUGAUUUCACCUCUCAUCUUGAAGCACAGGCUUGAAGUCAGUUUGGGAUGCUAAAUGGCACAGUGGGCAGAUUAACAUGAUGAAAAGCACUGAGAGGGAAUUAAAGGCUGCUUAACUGGAAUGUAUUCUCUUUAGACUCAUGAAAACGAGUGGGGUGUUUCUGAUGAACAUUUUACAAUAACAUGUAAUUCUUUUGCAGUGAUUCACCUUAGUGAUGCAUUUAUACAUUGCAUUGGUAACAUGUGACAUCAUCACACCCCACUAACAGAAUUAAUGUCUACUUUCAAGGAGAAUAAGUGUUGAAGACAUUGUUUUUCUUUCACACUGUGCAGAGUUGUCAGGUGAACAUCGGUCUGAGUUGGAAUCAGGGAAUUUCUUACGCAUGCUGGCUCAGAGAGAAACAAAGAGCAGUGAGGCAUCUGGGAAAUCUGUGUUAACACUUGAGGGGGUGGAUAACUGAAGAUUUUCACUAGUAAAGUUGUGAAGACUCCUCAGGUUGGAGACAGACAUUGCAAAAACCAAACUCUUUGUGUUCUUAAAAUACGUGAACUGUGUGAAAUGACUGAAAACCAAGUGGUGUAAGUGGCCCUAGUUUUAAAGCUUUUGUUUCUUGGUUUAAGAAAAUAAAUUAUUUCUCUUAGUUUGAUGCUAAAUGAGUAAUGUGGAAAUUAUAAGCGGUUUGGGUCUGUUGUAGCCUCUGACGAAGCAGUUUGACGCCGUGACUUUGUCUGCUCUGCUGUGACUCAACAUUUUGAAAGUGUAGCAGCACUUCAGCGUGUACCACCAGCAGCGUUUUUGCAUCACACUUGUUUCCUCUUUUUUUUUUUUUUUUACUCAAACUGUUGCUGAUGUGGCUGUAAAGGAAAAAUCCACUCUCAGAUAUUCUGUUAUACAUUAAUGUGUUAUUUUUGCUGUAUCCUUUUUAUUUUGGUGAUUUGUCACUUUUCUCGAAAUGGAGAGUUGGGUACAGUUGUUUUUUAUUGCUGCAACCAAUUUUUUUCCUGAACCACACUUCAUUGUAUAUUAUAAUAAUAAUAAUAACAGAUGAACAGCAAAACUACAUAGAAAAAAGGGAUGCCUUUUUGAUGUAUUUCUGAACCUAUUGUAGUUGUUCUGCUGCACCAAAGGGUGGAUUUUUCUUUUAAUGAUGAAUAACUUUGGUUAAAUGAUGACAUCUGGUGGUACAUAACAAAUUAUAAUAUUUUCAAGAAAUGUUUUAAAUGACACUGGACACAUGUUAAAUCAGCCAAUGCAAAGUAGUUGCACGUUGCUGAGGGUUUAAGAUCCCCAUUGAGUAAUUUGGGUUUUCCCCCCCUAAUAGUCUGCAAGCUGAUGACUCUCAGAAACAUGACAAAUGAUGACCAGAGCAGAAUCAGUCAUGUGACGUCUUUCCAGGAAAACAAAGGCGCUGAUUUUGUUAAUUUGUGUUGCAGCCGUAUAAAUGAGAAUUUUGUUUGGAUAAAUGAAAUCACUUCUGUUUGGAAAAAGUUUCUUUAGCAUCAUUUCAUUUAUUGACAAGUCUUUGGGGUCAAUGAUCAGUGAUGCCUGUUAUUGUAAGAAAAUUGUUGUUUCUGUUAAAACAGACGUGCAUGAGGCAGCUACUGUGUCCUCUCACUAACAGAAGUCUGGGAGGUGACACAUGAAGGAAAUUGUAUGCUUAUGUAGGUGUUUUCAAAUCAGCCGGUUAGAAGUCUUGUACGUCCAGUGUCAAGGCAGCAAUAGCAGGACAGUAGUAUGGAUGCGCUGAUGCUAAAAGGCUAAAAUACUGUAUUUGUCAUGCUAAAAUAUUUCAAUUUGAUUCAAGUGUUUUGAGGUUGAAACAAAACCCUUCUGCAUUAUCUGUGUUUUUUCACAUUUAUUGUAAGACGACCUCAAGUAGGAGGACUGUUCAAAAACACAACUGUUGAUUUAAAGGACCGUUUCAGCAUAAUUUUAUCUUGAGCUGAUUUUCCUGUAAAUGUUAAUUUUCACAAAUAUGUAAACAGCACAGAACUGGAACUUUGAAUUCUGGGAGAGUAAAUGCAUCGCUAUUAAGCAAAGUUAAAGGUACCCUGAAUAAUUUUUUACCAGUAGUAAAGGCGAACAGUGUUUUUGUGUGUUUUUGUAUCUCAAGACAACGAAUGAUUUGUUCCGGUGAGGAAAAGUGAAUGUUAACAUAAAUGUGUUUGUUUACAAGAAAAUUAGAGGGUACCCUUUUAAUCUAGGCAGGGGUUGUUUUUUUUAUUAUCAGUUUAUAAAUUUGUUCACCAUUUCAAACAUUUCAUAAUAACAGGAACACCAAAAGAAAUGAGACGGGAAGGGGCAUUGAAUUUAAAAGUGCAGUGUGUAGAAUUUAGUGGCAUCUAGCGCAACAGACUUGGCAGAAAUUAAGUAUAAUUUUCAGUACUGAUUAUAUUUUAAUGAGUGUAUAUUUACCUGAAAAUAAGAAUUGUUACAUUUUUGUUACAUUAGAAUGAGCACUUUAUAUCUUUCACAGAGCCCACCUUGUUGCACCGCCAUGUUUCUACAGUAGCCUAGAAUGGACGAACCAAACACCUUUUGCAUUUUUCACAAGUUUGGUUGCACUUUGCAGCCAUACCACUAGAUGCCACUAAAUCCGACACAGUGGUCCUUUAAUUUCCACUUCUUUUUUCUUUUCUUUUCUAUUUUUUGUAAAAAUGAAAUAUCAACCAGUAGCUCAUGUUUACUGUGUUCAUCAGUCACCAUCCAGUUAUUAAUUACAAAUUGAAAACGCUGCCCCUUUCUUUUAAUAUAUUUUAAUAAAUGUAGCAAAUGUGAUAACAGUAUAAAAUGAACUAAUGGGACAUAAAAAAACAACUUUGAUUACUUUUAGUUCUGUUUUGUUUAUUGAAUCAGAUCUAUACUUGGUAUCUGUUUGUUUACAGCCAACCACUGUGAAUUGUUACCAGCAGUGAUUUAAAAAAUACAUUAAAAAAAGAGGCAUUGGUGCAUCAACAGACUUUUUUUGCUAUCUGGUGUAAAUGAAGUAACUGUACUGAGCUGAUGAAGUGACCUGACCUGAGCAUGUACAAGUUAUGGAAUCAUUAACACAUGACUGAAUUUUGUUUUAGCAUUAAUGGCAAUAUAUACAAUAUAGCCCAAUGUACAGCUGAAUUAUAUGAUGCAGCUGAGUCUAUUUUGUGUAGAAGUUCAUUGAGGAGGUUCCAAUUAAUAUCUAAAUAACACCUUUUAGAAGGGAUUAUAGAUUUGCUAUGUAAAUCUGGCAUAACCAAACUGUAAGGAAUAUACUUUUUGCAAUUUGUAGUGUGUGGUUUAAAGAUGUUUAUUGGAACUCCAACGAUUGAUCUUCAAUGAAUUUACAUAUCCUUACUCAUAGCCAUUGUAAAAGCCCCAUCUUAUACUGUGUGCCUGCUGAUUUAUUGUUGCACUAUACGUAGCUCCACCCCUGGAAAUGUCUGCUGGGGGGAAAAAAAGAUUAAAUUUGCUUCUUUGUGUUGCCAAAAAUGACAAUAUUUCGUCUGGCGACGAGUUGGUUGAGACACAUUUUCUGCUUCAGUUCAGUUCUUUAAUGUUAAGAAAGGGAUCGUCUGCAAAACUAAAUCCAGGUUAAAUCCCCAAACAGGGACGGACAUGUACAAUGGCCAAAAAUUAAGAAGUGUGUAAAAAGGUGAGAGUACAAUUGAAAUGUUCCUACAUCAAACGUCCCCCUCCUUCCCUCCUGUGUUUCUUCCUCACAUUGAUUCACACAUGGAGAGUCUGAUUUGCAGCACAGGAAAAACCAGAUCAAUCAAACCUGGCUGAGAGUUUAAAAGUCAGACAACUAAUGAAAGUGUGAAUCUAACUUCUUUCUUUUAUUUCUGUUCCUCUUCAGUGUGUACUGUUUACGUUCAGAGUCCUUAUUGUACAUUUGGAUGUUAAUAACAUCUUGUAAUUAUACAAAAAAAAGCGUGUAUAUUGAUGUUGUUUUGAUGCAAUUAUCUUUACCUCAAAUGAUUUUUUUGAAUAUAUUGGACCAAUAAUAAAAAGAAGGAAUGCAUUUGA